UUUCUCUCUCAGCUGGUUCCAGUGAAGAUGACAGUUGCAAGAGCCAUGACAGAGAGGAACAACAGGUUAAGAGGAGGAAGAGUCGCUGGGAAGACUCCUCCCCUACCAAUGUGCCUACUGUGCUGCCUGCACAAGGCAACACUGUCUACCUUUUAGUGCAGACGGCAUCUGUAAACAGACAUGAUGCUAAAUUGUCAGCAACAGUUUUUAAUUUCAGUUUUGUACAAUACAAGUUCUAA